AUGCUUUGCUCAAGCAAAAAUGGGAUCUUUAACUGCAUUUAUCUUCAAUUUCUUACAUCAGACUGGUCAAAAGAAAGAGUAAACAACUGGGCAGCUCAGGUCUUUGAUGAAAACGUCGCUGAAAAAUUUCUAGCCAAAGAAAUGACAGGGGCAACAUUGUUCCGUGAACGAAUCACCGGUGUUGAGAGUAUGGAGCAUCUUGGACUGCUAACGUUGAGGAACCAGGAGAACUUUAGGAGUCUUGUUGAGCAGUUAAAAGGUUAGAUUUACUUUCAGGCUCAUUUCUAUGGUUCUUACUGUAUUUUGCCUAAAUUAGUGCCAAUCACAUCAAGUCUGCUAAUCUUCUAAUGAAACCAAAUAUUGAAAAUAAGAGGACAUCAGUUUUAGUUAGCAUGCACGUGCAUCCUAGAUUUAAUACGUACAUGCUUUUAUAGUCUUUCACAAACCAUGAUUAAAUUUUCGUUUUAAUCUUGAACAGGGCAAACAGAAUCCAGAAAAUCAGCUUUACCUCCUAUGGCAACUAAAGUUCACCUAUCCAAAUCUGACAGGCUGUUAACACAUCAUGAAAAGAAGAAUCUGACUUGUGAAGAGAAGGGGAUUUACAACACAAAGUAAGAUUUUUUACUUAAAGAAACAAUGUUGUGAAUAGGGACUAAUUUUAUUGUUCAAACUUAAAUUGUCUUCCUGUGUUAGCAAUCGACUACUUGAUGAGUCAAGAUACAGAUGCAUGUCUAAUUAAAUUGUUAAAAACGUCUUCUUGAUCUAUGAGGAUGAUGUGGAGAAUUAGGAAGAUAUGUAGCUGAAAUUAAGGUUUUAAAGGGUCAAAGUAAUGAUAUAAGGUAUUUACAACAGGGAGAGGGUGAGAGGAAGAGGUUCAAAACGUUGGGUAAAUAUCUCUGCAAGGCCUGCAAUUGUUGUCUUAUUUUUGUUUGUUUGUGUUUUAUGACAGAAAGAAGAUGGUAGUUGCAGAAAUUAAAAAAACAUGGCCAGUUGAUGAAGAAAUACCCUCUUUCCGUCCUCACCAAAUUGAUGAAGUUGUAAAGCUUAAUAAUUUUGCGAAACGGUCAAGUGAAGGCAAGGAUUCAUCUAAAUACAUUUUCCUACAGUGCGCAUUUGGUACAAAUGCCAUUCGAGAAAUGGUCAUGGGCCAUACAAGCGAGAGAAGGUGAAGUUUCAAAGAUACUGCAAUCCAGAAGGGGGCUACUUCAGAUCCAAAUGCAAGCAAUGGUGACACUGAAAGUGUUGAAGACUCAAGUAGCAGCCCAAGCUCAUCACCUCCAUCAUCUAUGAAAAAGAUCAAAAUGCAUGCAGACUACUUUCACCCAGGUUAGUCUAAAGUUUUAGCUACAAACUCCUUCUAACAUGAACAACAUCCAUUGUCCACCUCACCUUCUACAUUGUAACUUCCCAGAAGAUUUAAGCCACGAUUUAAUCAAGGUCAAGUUUAUUGCUCAUUAUUCAAGUUGAUACAGCAUAAGAUGGCUUAGAAAAAACAGUAGGUUAACAAAUGGUGAAAAGUAAAUAUGAUAAACAGGUUUGUUGAUAUGUGCACACAGUGACCAAAUUAGCCAAAGCUUUCGUGUUGGUCACUGUCCCAUAUGAAUAAACUGAGGAGUCCAAGAUAUAAGUGUGAAGCAGUAAUAAACUAGGGUAUGGAGAGGUACUUGUUUCUGUCUAUUAGAAUUUUUCUAGACUUUUUGAUACAGUGCGAUAAAACGCUAUAUUAAACUUUAUGAUAAAAAAAGAAGAAAAAAUGCACAGUUGAUAUGGUAUUUCUGAGAAAUACAGUUAUAUACUAUUAAUAUUUAUUAUCAUCACUAUUAGUUAAUUAAUUUAUUAGUGUAGACCAUUCACAUUUUUCUUCUAGAUUUGACUCAGUCCAGUUGCGAAGCAUUUACAGCCUUUAAAGAAAAUGUUUGGGUUAUCCCUUCUUAGAGGUCACGAUAAGAAUACAUACAUUAGGGCAUUAGCAGCUGCCCUCCUCAACAACAAUUAUGUGUCAUUCACAGAUAGUUCUGACCUGGCAAAUCUCACCAUAAAAGACAUUAAGAUUUUAAAAACUGUGGAAGACUGAAACAGCUCUAAACUACUCACCUAUUUGAUGCUCACUUUACAUUAUAAAGAGGAGUGAUAUUUAUAGCGGCAUUUUCAAAGGACUAAAGGACCUCAGUUUCACCUAUUGUAUAAAAAAGUUGCUUCUUGUUUUGAAGUGUAAUUUAAAUUCAUUUUAGUUUACAGGUAAUUGUAUUCUGUAUGUCAAGGCCUUAUUACUAGAUUUUUUGAGGAAUAAAGUUCUCAUGCAAUUCCUUUUCAUAAGUUUAGUUGUUGUUAUGUGAUGUGUUUAAAAAACCUUUACAGAUAGUGAAGAGUGGAUGCAUGCUGAAAAGACUUGUAAAUCAUGACUUGAAACAUGCAGUAUCCUAGCUUUACGGUAAACAUUGCUUGUGUUCAGGAAAAGAAUGUAAAUCUUGAUUAAAGAGUUCUGUAUCACUUCAUUGUACUGCUCGAAUGUGUUGAUGUGGCUUCAGUUCUAUGUUAAACCCAUUAUGUGUUUCAAAGUUUGUAUAUUCCUGGAAAGCUAGUGCCAUUGCUGGCAGGGGAACAUGUUUCCACCUUAGUCUAGCUUUGCGGAAAGUUACAAGCAUUUAUGGAAGAAAAUGUCAACCAAGCAUGGAUAUAAGAAAUUUUCCACAUUCCACAUUUAGAAAAAAGGGCAUUCCACCUUUGGAUGCCGCGAAUCCAAGUUUGGAAAUCAAUUUUGCACGGGAUUUUUCUUUUUUUGGAAAUAUGAAAUUCUGCUUUUGGAUAAGUAGUUAACCAUAUAUGGAGAUAUGGCUUUUCCAACUUUGGCAAAUAGAAAUUCCCUUUGUGGAUGUUAAUAUUUUUCCUUCUUUGGAAAUAUAAAAUUCUGCUUUUGGAUAAGUAGUUAACCAUAUAUGGAGAUACCGCUUUCCAACUUUGGCAAAUAGAAAUUCCCUUUUUGGAUAUUAACAAACCCAAAGUUGGAAAUUACAUUUCCCAUGUUCUUGUCUCCGAAUACAAAAGAAACUAGCGUUUUUUUUAAUUGAAAGAUGUUCAUCAUUUUGAUAGUAUUUUGGACCUGAAGCAAUACAUUGUAGACCACUAUCAGGAAGAGAUGUAGGUGCACGAAACCAACUUUGAAUUAGGUUACUUCAUUGGAAAUCAUCGCUUCAACAUAACAAAUGAAUUGCACUUAGCCAAGGCUAUGUCUUUGGAAAAAAAAAAAGAUUAGUUAUGUACUCGAUGGAUGGACGCCAUGCCAACACAAAAGAGGAAACUUAACAAAAGUUGGUCAAGUUCACGAACACCAAGAAGACAUACUGACAAGGUAAAUUGAACACUGAGUGUGCGAGAGUUUAUAGUUCUUGAGAUCACGAAUACCAACCAGAAAUCACUUGCAAAUGUCUUUAUGUGUGUGAGGUCAGGUCGCCAACGCCAGAACGCCACUUCUUCUAGUUGUUGUGGUUCAAUUUUAUCCUUGGUUUACAUGUUAUUAUUUUUCUUGUGUUUCAAGCUCAUUAUCAUGCAUUACCAUUCCCAAAAACAAAAGUAAAUCAAAUUUAACCCAAGGAUAAAAUUGAACCACAACAUACACUCAGACGAAACUGCAAACAACGCAACUGGCAACAAAACACAUAACCACUUCACGGAAACGGCCUCCAAUCAUCAGUUAUUUACCAAGAGAUCGUCAAACUUAAGGACAAUAACACUUCCGAAAUGUACAUCGGACUCACAGAAAACGACUUCAAGACAAGAUACAGACACCACACUGCAUCAUUCCGUCACGAAAACCACAGAAACUCGACCAAAACUCAGCAAACAUAUCUUGACUCUUAAAAACAAGAACAUCGACCACUUUAUUUCAUGGCGAAUCAUUUCAUCAAGCUAAACCUACAAUAGCUCAAGUAAAAUAUGCAAUCUCUGCCUUAAAAAGAGAAAUUUUUCAUAAUCUGUCGACCUGAUUUGUCAUUACUUAACAAACGUAAUGAGCUUAUCUUCUUGCCACCACAGGAACAAAGAGUUGCUAUUUAAAAACUAAACAUUCCAUCAUUUGGAUUAACCACAUCAUUGAUUAUGUAAAUCUUAGGUAUAAAAAAGACAGGUAUGAAUAUUCUUGUCAUUAAAAUCCCCUGAAGACCUGAAGAGAGCACAAUCACGAAACAGGCUGGUAGGGAUAAAAGUGUAGUUUCUUUCAGUUUUACAAAAUAUGUAUAUAUCUGUCUGGAUUUGCAAAAACACGGCUAAGAAAUCUCUCUUAUAUACCUUCUGACUGAGUCUUGUAGUAGAGCAUGUGUUUUUUUUUUUCAUUGUCACUUUUUAUUUAUUUAAUCGAUACCGAAUAAGCUGCAGUAUUAACCUACCCCCCCCCAAAAAAAAAGUUUUUCAUAACUUCCCAUAAUUCUCUCUGUAUGUCAGUUUGAAAUCAGCGUGCGUAUUAGGCUGAACUCAGCUCUCGUAGUGGGUUGUCUUAGGGUUUUUUGGCUGCCUUAAGCAAAGUUUUCUGGAAGGCAUCAUUAAGCCUUAUGAAGGAACAAUUCUCACGACUGGCAAAGUCUGCUAUGUCCAGUAUCUUCUUGUAUUUCGUCUCAUUUUGGGCUACAUGGGUGAAAGACUGAUCCCGGGCUUGAGACGGAAAGAUUGGAUAUUGCCAGCUUUGUUGUUGGCAGAACAAGUCUUUGGCUUCACUAAAUAGGUUCUAGGGAUGAAAUCUAUUAGGCGAGAUGGAAUUGACGCUGAUUUCUGACCAGGCCAAAGACUUAGUAAAAAAUUGUUUGAAAGGCAGGGGGUGUGUUUCUCCUUUUCAACUGCUACAUUUGGUUUACAUUUGCCAUCUUGAAUAAAUGGACUGUCAGUGAGUCGAGAAAGUUCAACGUGACGAUUUCGCCCGUGUUAAGUGUGGACAUGUUGAGUGUUUUUUUUGGAAGUGUUGUGAUUGUCGCCAAAGUCAUUUAUUGUGAUUUACCAAAAGUGUUGACAGACCAAUCUCAGGUAUGUACGUGUGUGGUUGAGCUCGUGUUACCAGAAUACUUUGUCCCCGCAUAAAAACGCCUCGUGAGUGUUUUGUUUGGGUAAUUUUGUCAUAGAAAGCCUAUUCUUUGCUCAAAGAUUGUGGAUUCUUAAUCUGUUUUCGGCCAACACUGAGGAAUGGGCCUCAUGGUUUGACUGACUAAAAGAUUACAAUUUCUGAACGUUUCAAAAGUUGUUUAUUUUAUCGCAAAAUCCUGUUACUUCUGCGAGAGAACUUUACUGUCUAUUGCCAGCAAUAAUAAUGUCAUUGUUUAGCCUCAGCUAGUGACUUUUGACUGCUUUCCAUUCUUCUUACAUGUCAAAUUUUUAAAAUGCACUUGUUCAAUAAUUUGUUUGUGAUGAUUUAGCCGAUGAUGAAGCGGACACCACAACAAUUAAAAAGGCCGAGAAAAGAGCUGCAGUUAAUUGUAAAUCUUUACAGGGAAAGAAGAGAAAAUCCAGCAUUAAUUUUUCGACAUUCGUAGAAUAUUUGUACCGAUGUUGUUAACACUAUUGCCAAAGGGAUUAACCAUAAAAUCGAAAGGAAUGACACUGAGAUUGUUUACAAUCCUUCUGCACUGCCUGACAUUGUCCACUUUUGAUACAGCUAUUUCGAGAAAGGUUGUUGGAAAAGAGCGUAAAAGUGCACGCGAAAAUCCCGAAAGGUACUGUGGGCAUUUUUAAAUUCCCGGUUCUGCCUUCAGCAUUUCAGGGAAUUGUGAGAAAAUGGCUCAUGACGCCAUGGACGUGUGUUUGCGGGUCCUAGCUAAGAGAAACCAACAAAAGUAGGAUCGACAGCUAUAGCAGGUAUAGCAACAAAAGCAGGUUCGACAGCUAAACAUACCUUGCUUUGAAACUGUUUUUCAAUUGAAGCAAUACUUUCUGGAAAAUUGUCAAGCAGAAAUUUCUCCAGCAACUGACACGGCAUUUCAAAGCGGUUACUACGCUGAAGGAAUCAAGAAAUUCUUUAUAUCAUUGAAAAACCAACUUGCCGAAGCAUUUGCGGGUGGAUCCACAGAAAGACGUUCCGAGAGGUUCUUCGAGCAGAAAGAGAAAAGGUAAGGAAAAUAAUAAAUUAAAGCAUCGUUUACUUUUCAUUUCCUCUAAUACUGCCUUGCCACUGACAUGUUUUUCUGACAAAUAUUUGGGAAAAAUCAGCACAAAACGAACAUGUUGCAUGAACUUGAAUAUGAAAAAGACAAUUUUGAACUAAUUUGCUAAAACGAGUCAGGUUGCACUAUGUGUAAUUGUAGUUCAAGGGUUUGUUAUGUUUUUACCUUAUUUUACAGACGAGCCCUCUCAGAAAAUUGGAAAAAUUUAAUAUCGUUUGUUCCUCCAUAGGUUAACGGAACCCACAACAGUGAGGAUACCCCUCCCAGUGUGCCAUUUUUUACUGGUAUUUCGAAAGCUUCGAAAGCUUCGAAAGCUUCCAAAGCUUUGACGUCAGGUAAAUUCAGUACACAAUCGAUGGACAACGCUGCACAAAAGGCAAGACAGGCAUUUCUCAGCCAAUGUAUGCAGCCUAUUUUGUACGUUAUUUCCUUAUCAAUAACCAAAUUAUCUGCUAUUUGUAGGUGCGGAUACGUAAUAGAUUCCUUCAGCAGCUCAAGGACCUUAAAGCACUAAAAGAAGAUGCCGUCCUCACAGAAAACGAAUUGAAAGAAUUGAAUUCUUUGUAAAUUUUGGUAUUAAGUACGUAUUUAUCCACUGAUCCUUAUUAAUAUUGAAUAAAUUGUCUUUAUUUAUUUAUCACAAGCAUUCGACAUGUGAAAUGUAGUUUCUAGUUUGUUCAUCAGCAACUUGAAGAAAUGCUUCUUCCACCAUAAGUUGGGGAUCCAUGCAAAGUUGCCAGGCCGCAUCUUUUUCCCUUAUCCAAUUUUUGGUUCAGAUGGCUCAGAUGGCAUAAAAUCUGGGCUGUAUGGUGGAACGAAUACAACCAUCGCUCCUGUGGCAUGA